AUGAAGCAUCAUAAGAUCUAUAUAUGCGCCAUCUCUGAGAGUAAAAGAAAGGGAAAAGGAACACUGAAAGUACCUGGUUUCAUUUUAAUCUACAGUGGAGUGGAGAAACAAAGAAGAGCAACAGGUGGAGUAGCGAUGUUGAUAGCAGAAAAAUAUGGAGACAAUAUUGAAGACAUCCACUACGUCAACCAACGCAUUCUUGAGGUGACAUUACAAACAGGCUCAGAAAAAAUUCAUAUCUUCAGUGUAUAUGCCCCGGACAGCAGCAGGAGAAGGGAAGACACUGACACCUUUUAUGAUUUGUUGUAA